AUGUUCCGCCCACGACCCCGGAUGGAACAGACGGUGUCGACGAGGAAAAAAAAACGCUCCCACAGCGGACAUUGGCACGCUCCCGGCAAACCCACGAAGCAAAAUCUCGACUCGACUGGUUGUAUUGAUAUCACUUUGAUUUCAUCGAGUCCUUCAAUCUCAUUGUUGAGUCUUUCAUCUUUCACUCCUAAGGUUGCCGGGGCCGCAGUCACGACUAUCACGAAUCCCCAAAAUCUGACUUCUUUGUUUAUUACCCACGACUUCGGUUUAUAUCCUUGGUCCUUUUGUUUUAUGCUUGGCAUUUGUGUCUCGCGGUGA